AUGGAGUGUCGUGAGCGUUACUUCAUGAUAGCUGUUGGUCUCUCCUUUGCUGGGGAUGAACCUCGCUUUGAGGCUGUCGACAGCACAGGCGUACACGCCAUCACCGAGGAGUACGCGGCAGAGUGUGGAUACACCAUCAGUCUUCUCCCAGUUCUCGGCCACGUGGAGCUCAGAGCCUCUUACUUCAGCUGCCAUACUAAUGAUGCAGCUGAUGAAGUGUUCACGUUCAACUUCAACCUGAUUGUAACACGUGGAGGGAAGCAGGCCACAUAUGCGCUGAACAAGACCUGCACUCUGUCACUCCCGUGGUCUCCCCGAGAGGUUACCUGUGAGGUCAACUACAUGGAAGUGUCGGUGAGGAGUGAAGCAACGUGUCCGUAUGAGGAAAACGGCGAUUCUGCUUUCAAACCUGUCCUCUACUCAGAUUGGAAGGUGAUGUUUCAAAGAGCAGAGGAUCAGUUUCUGCCCAUGAACCUCUCUGAAGCUCGGAAGCUGGGUUAUGUGUUUGCUCUCACAGAUGAGAGGCUUGUGUUUCGGACACCGUAUGAGCAACCCCAUUCUUUCAGCACUGAGGUGAAUGGCGUUCCAGUAGAGGUGGUCCAUGCAGUCUUGUUCUCGAGGCAAAGCUGGGUUGUCCUUGUGGUCGAUCUGUUGGCUGCUUGCUCGAUGCAUAAUGGGUCAUAUGACGGUGGCUAUAUGAUGUGGGAGACUUCUGAGCUGCUCCACAGUCUGGUGUCUCCCUUAAAUGAGACGGAGGUCAGCAUUGGAGUCAAUGGGAAACUUGUGGAGAAGAAAGUUGCAGAGGAGAGGGGUUACUCCGUGGAGAAGAUUAACACCACACUGCAAGUCAGUAUCCCUUACAAAGCUGAAGGAGGAUACAGGAAGAGCUUUGUGUCUCGAGACCUCUACGAAUACUAUGUUUUUCGUCUCUACUUGGAGCAGAUCUCAGUUGACGAGGCUGAGAUUGUGGCCAGGCUUCGUUUUCACAGGAUUAUAGUCACUCCCCUGCUGCGGUGCCACAUUUUCACUGAAAAUCAAACUCUUGUAAGAGAGCGCACAUUCACCAUCUAUCUCGGCGGUGUCCCUCAAGAUGUGGUAUUAGUUUCUAUUCAGCUGAAUGGACGAGAAUUUACAUUGCCACUUACAAAUAUGAGCACCUACAACCUCACUGAAGUUCUCCACCCCAACGGCACCCAUGGAUACACACUGACGGUGCUUUUUGAUGAUCCUAUUGUCAAACUGCAGUUCUCCAGAAAAGCCGUGGCAAUGCAGCACAUCCUGAAUGUCAACUACACACUGGCUGUUCAGCCUGGAAAUGAACCUUAUUAUCAUCAAACAACAGUCACAGCUCUAACUCGUGUCUCGCCUCCUGUCUUUGAUGCCAACUGUUCGGAGUCCAGCAUACACUUUAAGCUGGACCAUCGCCCUUUUGAUUACUUUUGGGAGAUUGCCAUCGGCUCGGACGUGCUAACCUCAGACCUGGCAGACCGGCGUGGCUACAUCAUGAGUAAUGACAGCCAGAGUCUGCGGCUUGAUGUGCCGCUAUUCACUGAUGGGUAUAAAUACCAGAACGUCACUUUGAAGGGGUUCUCAGGAACCUUUGAGAUCCUUGUGAGAGUUCGUGAAACAUCAGAAGUCCAGACGUCCACAGUUAAGACCUGUCUGUUCAGUCCCGAAGAAUUCAUUAUGUGUUCGACCAAUGGGAAGGUGACCGUGGUGGCCAACUUGUCUCUGCCAAUCCCAAGUGGAGGGAGUCCAGCUGAAACCAGCCUCAGGGACAAAUCCUGUCAGCCUAAAGAUGCAGAUGGCACCAGGGCUCUCUUUUCUUUUGCUGUUAAUGACUGUGGCGCUAUAAUCAUGCUGGGCAGGGACUCUGUGACCUAUAGAAAUGAGAUCAUCUUCAGCUCUGUGAGAAAUCCAGAAAAUCUCAGCAGUAAGAACAGGGUCUUGCUGCAGUGCACAUAUACUGUGGCUGGAUUACAUGCCCUCUUCUCGGCAUACAAGUUUGAGUCUGACACAGUUGGCAUUGGUCGUAUUGUGCAUUCUAACCGCAUCAUUGAAGGUCCCGCAGUGGAGCCCACUAGUGCAUCCACCAGGAGAUCGGUGACCAUACGACCGCGUUACCAGCCUGCUGCAAAGUACAUCAAAGACUAA